AUGGAUGCAGCUUUCAAGCCCCAUCCCAAUAUGCGCCAGUUCGUUUCAACGAUAGGCCGAAUGUCAAGUGCCUACGCCAAGAAGCAGGCCAGCACCACUCGAGGACUACGCCGGAAGAAACAGCUGCUACCUCGAAUAGCACUUCCGCCGGUGCCUGACUUGACUGAGUUUGAAGUGCCACCUGAGUCGGACAGCAACGAAGCCGGUUUUGAAAGAGUCUGA